ACAGUUUCCACUGCUGUGGGACUUGGCCAUGUGGCUCUCGGUGCUGAUCGUCUUGGCUCUCUGUGCCACGGGGAAAACCGAGGAAAACACGACACAGAGUCCGGCUGGAGAAGAGAAAGUCAUCAUUGCCAGAGGAAAACUGAUCGCUCCCAGCGUGGUGGGAUGAGCGAUAAAGAAGAUGCCCGAGCUCUACAAGUUUGUCAUGGAGCGCUGGGCACUGUAUCAUAAUCUCGACUAUGAUUCUGGGGACAACAAAAACCCACGUCUUAUCUUCUACAAUGACAAGGAUGAGGAGGUGAAGGUUGUUCCAUUGAAGAAGAUGAAGGCAGAUGAGAUCAGUGAUCUUCUGGACUCUCUUGGUUUCUACAAGAGAUCGCAGAAAGGCGAAGAGGUCCCUGAAGAAUUUAAAAACUUCCCCAUGAUGGCGCCACGAGAUGAAUUGUGACCCCUGGUGGCCAACAGCCAUAACUCCACUGAGCUAAAAUGAUGACGACCAGGACCUCAAGGCCUCACAAUCGGGUCAGGUUCUGGACUGAGGGAACUUUAGUUUGGUGCAGCAGCUGUUUGCAACUGAUUACUUAAACAUAAUGAAUUUCCUAAUAAAUGGGUUUGAAAAACCUU